GAUACUUAAGACUAAGAAAUACUCAAAAAAAAACCCUCAAGUUGCACGAAGUAGAGGUGAACCGUUCUCUAAAUCCCUCAGUCCUAGACACUAAAAGCAGAGCGCUGCUUUAACAAAACUAAGUCUUUCAGAACGUGAGAGAUGGGGAAGUAGCAUACAAGGGAUGGGUGCUGAUCAACUAUCAGAAAGCCAAAACAAACAUCUGAAGACUUCCCAAUUGGCAGCCUCAGCUUUCACACACUUAGCUGUUCUCCCUUCCCAUCAAAUUGACUAAUUGGAGGAUGUAAAUCGUGUUUCCUCAGGUAGAUCCCAGUGCUCCAAGUUGGAGCAGCUGCAGUCUUGGUUGGGAUAGAUGGGGGCAGGGGGCGUGAAUAACACUGUUCAGAUGGAAAAACGUGAACCUUGCCACUUGCUGCGUGAACAAUGACCUGUGUGCGAGAAUUUUGAUGCUGUGGCCUCAGAGUUCCAACCGAACUUGGUCAAAUUCACUAAGGAGAGGGGAGCAGUCAGAUCCGCACUUAGUGAGACGAAGUGUGGUGUGCGAAAACUACCCUGCUACACGCCAAGGGCUGAUUACGGGGAAAUAUGGAAUCUGAAAAUAUGGAAUCUGAAAAUACAGAAACUGAAAAUAUGGAAACAGAAAAUACUGAAUCUGAAAAUAUGGAAAUUGAGACUAUUUCUUCAAUUUCUACUCUACAAGCCCUCUCUAAUCUGCUUUAUCCUGAAGAAGAGGAUGAUUUCGACUUUGGACAGCCAAACUGUUCAUCUACUAUUGGAGCCAUGGGUCCCGGGAAUAUUGGACCACCAAAAUCAGAAGAGCUCAGUGUCAUCUCUCAAACUGGUGAUGAAAAUAGUGAGGACAUCUGGAAUCCAGAAGAAGUUCCCGAAGGAGCAGAGCAUGAUGACAUGUGGGAUGUUCGAGAAAUCCCAGAGUAUGAGAUCAUAUUCAAACAGCAGGUGGGAACUGAGGAUAUAUAUCUAGGAUUGACAAGAAAGGAUUCUUCAACUGCAUGUUGUCAGGAGCUAGUGGUUAAAAUUAAACUGCCCAAUACAAACCCUUCUGAAAUUAAAAUUGAUAUCCAGGAAAUGAUCAUUGAUCUUCGGACUCCUAAUAAGAAGCUGUUGGUGACCCUUCCCCAGCCUGUGGAAUGCAGUAGUGCUAAAGCAUUCUAUAUUUUGGAGACUGAGACACUUGAAAUCACCAUGACUAUGCAAAGAGAGUUAGAUUUUGUUAAUUUCUUCUGAAACUGCAUAAAUAUGAGAAAAGGUGGUAAAAUGUCAUUGAUAAAAUUAAAAGACUGAAAAUUUUGGUUAACAUUUUCUAUAUUGUCCUAUUAUUCUGACAAUUUUUAAAUGGCUGAUAUAUAAUCCUAGUGAUAUUCUGAUCAUUAACAGUCAUUUCUGUUACUCUGUUAGGAAGUGUUUCCUCAUACUAAUGAGCUAUUCCAUUUUUAUACUGAUUACUGAAUAGAAUAUUUACAGUCUAACCAAUUAGAUUACUAUUAGAUUAGAUUACUACAUGAUCAAUUUCAGAACAAAUAUGAUGGCAAAAUAGUUGAUCCACUUAGUUCAGUAAUCUGAAGAACUUAAGCCAAUUAAUUAGACUACAAUAUAAUUGAUUGUAUAGAAAUUGGCCAUUAUUAUCACCAUAGAAAUUCACCAUUAUUAUCACCAUAGAAAUUCAUUUGGUUGCUUUUUCAUUGAUUUGAUCAAAUGAUUUAGUGUUCUGUCUAGGCUCUCAAUAUUAUUCUGUAAUAUACAGAUAACAGUGAUACUGGCCAAAUUAUAUUGUUCUAUUGUGUGCAUGUACAAAUAUGUAACAAAUCCCACCAUGGUGUGCAACUACAAUGCACCAAUAAAACUGUGGAAAAAAUACAGAUAACAAAGGAUUAUAAAUAAUUUGAAGCAUCAUACCAGACACAUAUUUACUUGAGUAAGUAAUACUCUUGAGCGUACAGUAUUAUUUGGAUUCCCUAAUCAUGCUUUCAAUGCUUGAAUAGUUAAGUUAAAAUAUUUCUUGAGGGUACAGCUCAGUGGCAAAGCAUGAUCUUAGCAUAUGCUAGGCCCUGGAUUCAAUCCCUAUCACCAAAAAAUUAAAUACUUUAUCUGCAAUAAUAAUUGACAGUCAUGCCUUUUGGCAUACUAUGUUUCUGUUUAGUCAACUGAAAUCCUUGACAUUUAAAAGGAAUAUUAUUAAAAAAUGACACAUUUACAGAUCCUGUUCUCUCAUUUCCUAGCUUUCUUCUUAAUUGGACAUGCCUAUUUUUAUGAAUUGUGGCAGUCCCCUGUCUUUUUUGUAUUAUUGCAUAAGUUUGUUUCAUAAUUGUUUAUGAAUAAAUUAUAUUUUUAAACUGGUAUGAGUAGAACUUACACAUCAUUAUAGCACUGUAGAAUUAGUUGGGAGUAACUUUUGAAAAGAAAUGAACAACUAAAAUAUGUUUAUCAAUUCCAUGUGAACUAUUAAGGGAAGAAAUACUAAAAAUGAUGUUUUCUGGAAUUAAUUAUGUAAAUAACUACCAAACAUCUAGUUUGUGACUUGAUUAAAUAGAAGGAUCAGACUGAGAUUUUAGAAAAAGUGAUUGGAUUAAAAACUAAACUAAAAGAAUUUGACACUGAAACUACCACCAUGACUUGUUUCUGUGGGGGCAAGAGAUGAGGGUGGAAGCUAGUGUUUGUGAAUGUGAAUGUCCAUGAUGUUAUAAAACCAAAAUAAUGUUAA